ACGGCAGCCUCCCCUUGUUACACUGUUGUGUACUUCCAUGUGGAGAACCUGAGGGCGAUGAACAUCUGGCUGUAAGUGAUGUGCGCGCGUGUGUGAGAGGAAAAAUACGGGUGAGAAGAUACUGUAAAGAAACUUGAAUGAAAAGGAAAUCUUUUGAAGAAUCCUGCCGUUACUGUUUGCGUUUUAUAGGGUAAGUCAAAGACCGAUCAGAGCUGAAGCAUGGACAGUGAACUAGGAGCGAUGAACACCAGUCUUGACAGUCCACUGAGCCCGAGGCACCUGACCGGGUUGGGGAUGAACUGUCUUCUUGGCCAAAAGUACAGACACUCUGGGCCUGGCCUCGCCAGUCCUCAGGAGUACAACCAGUGGCUGCCUUACCGCCAUGACGCCAGCCUGCUGCCCAUGAAAGAAGACCUGGCCUUCUGGCUCAACACCCUCAUGGGUGUGGACCUCACAGCAGACAGUCUGAUGGAGAGGUUGGAUAACGGCGUUCUCCUCUGUCAGCUUGCACAGCUGCUCCAGGAGAAGAUGAUCCACACCAACAAUGGCAAGUCCUUGACGAGAAGAGUGAUCCACUGGCGAGUUGAUGCAACUUCUGGAUCGUUUUUCGCCCGAGACAACACUGCCAACUUCCUUUACUGGUGUCGAAAGAUUGGUGUUGAUGAGGCUUACCUUUUUGAGUCAGAGGAUUUGGUCCUCCACAAACAACCGCGGGAGGUGUGCCUGUGCCUGAUGGAGCUGGGACGGAUUGCAGCCAGGUAUGGAGUGGAGCCUCCAGGGCUGGUGAAGUUGGAGAGAGAGAUAGAGAGGGAGGAGGCGGGGUGCUUAUCGCCAUCAUCCAGUCUGUCCCUCUCCUUUUUUCCUCCUACAUCAUUGUAUUCACCAUCACAAUCAUCUCUGCCCCCAGCCCCCUCUCCUCCUCCUCCUCCACCUGCGCCCCUCACUCCAAGCACAACCUGUCCGUCUGAAACCUCCGCUGCCUCCCUCGCCUAUGAUCUUCCAUCAGCCACAACAAGCCCAGUGCCUACAUGUUUAUCCCCUCCUCAGACCUCCCUCUCAGCCUCUAACCCUUCUACAACCACAGCCUCAACACAAACACCUUUGUUCUCUUCAUCCUGCACCACUAACACAUCUGCUUCAACUCUGCUGUCAGCACCCUCACCAGGCCAAACCCUGGUAUCCACUGCCAAAGUCUCCUCCACCACAAUAAACAACCACACUUCCACAGCUACACUUCCCAUCACCUCCGCAUCUGCAGCCCCGACUCCUCGUUCCUCUUACAAAUCCACAAGCCGGAGGAGUACAGGCACCAACAACAUUUUGGAUGAUAUUGUGAGAAACAUUAUCGAAAAUCCCCCCUGCAGCUGUCCUACCAGGUUCCUUGUUGAGAAACAACCUAAAGGCUGCUACCGUGUUGGGGAUAAAGUUCUGUAUAUACGGAUGCUGAAUGAUCGUCAUGUGAUGGUACGCGUAGGCGGAGGCUGGGAGACCUUUAUAAGUUACCUGCAGAAACACGACCCCUGCAGAGGAGGAGGACCGGUCAGUAGAGCUGAAGUCAGGGUGUGUAGGGACAAAGCGAAGCCACCCAGUUUCUCACCUGACAGCUACAUGGUGGUUGGUGCCCAUUACCGUGGCAAGAAGUAGACUCUCAAACUGCUCACUUUUGCUUCUGGUUUUGGAAGCGUACAUUUCACUUAAUCAGACCAAACUGUACAAGGUUAAUGAUUUAACAUAUAGUCCAAAUCCCUUUUACCUCAAGUUUAAAAGGAAAUCCACCACUGUUUCUAAAAGUUUUCUUACCUGAUUGCGAUCUCUACGAAUCAUCCAACCCACUGUAACAACUUGGCAAUAAGUCAGUUAGCAGAAAACGAAUUAGCAACAAUUUUAAUAAUCGAUCAAGAACAAAUGCCACACAUCUGCUGGUUUCAGCUUCUUCAAUGUGAGGAUUUACUGCUUUUCUUUGUCAUGGUUGAAUAAAACAUGUAAUCUGAUCACCUUGGGCUGUGAGAAAGUAUAACAGGAACUUUUCUCUAUUUUCUGACAUUUUAUAAACUAAAUGAUAAAUGUUUAAUCAAGAAAAUAAUAGCUAAUAAUAUUUAUCAGUAAUGAAAAUAAUCGUUAGUUGCAGCACUAUAGUUGUUAUGUACUAUAUAUCAUAACUUUCAUAUAAUUAUCAUCAUCAAAUAUCCUUUCAGGGAAGGUUUUGUGUUUCUGUUCAAAACUUGCUAUCGUUCUAAAAUGGGAUGUUUGAAUGCUUUUUUAAAGAUAGAAAAGAGAGAUAAUCUUGCACAGCCCAAAGUACAGCUUAUAAUAUUUUGUUUUCAUAGUAUGUAUCAUUUUCAUUUAUUUAAUAUUCUGUAAUACACAAUGGAUGCAAAAACCUCUUGUGUAUUUCUUGUGUCUCGCUUACUUUUACAUUAUGGGCCUGUAGCAGAGAAGGCAAAGGCAAAGACACAUCAAGUCCUCCCUCUAGAUGGCACCAUGUCCUAAGUGACAAAAGGCCAAGCCUCGCCUCCAUGCUUGUUUGGAGGAGGAUGCUGUCACUACUGUUAUGAUAGUGUCUCACCUCUCGUAGACAUUCAUCCCUUAGUUGGACUGGAAAUCUGUUUUCAGUUUUAACUCCAUAAACUACCUCAUGCCCACAGAUACAACAGGACAAAACACAUCGUUGUCUCAUCAGUAUGAUUUGGAGAGUCACUUAUUACGUUUUUCACAGUAAAAGUACAAAUACAAACACUGAAAGUCACAACACAUUAGUAAUUACAUAUUUUAUUUCAGUAAAAUAAAGUAAUUAAAAAUGGACACAAGUUUUAAUAUGUUGAAAGAAACUUACUGUAAUGAGAUCAUGCAAGACUGUAAUGUCUUUUUAGUCCCUACAUAAUAUCUGCAGUGGAUUGAACCAGUAUAAAUGACUUGUAGAAAAUAAUAGCUGUGCUACUGAAACAAGUGCCACUCUAAACGGUGGCGUUUUCACAGGGCAUCUCUCAUUCCUCAUGAAACACAAGAGGUUGCCACUUGAGAGGGAUUUUACAACAAUUUCAAAUACAUUGUUAAACUGCGCUGACCUCAUUCGUUCUCUAAAGUACAUUAUUCUUAAUGUUUUGUAAAUCUUGCUACUGUGCGCAACUGUUGUUCUGUACUGAAACUCAAUCCAAUCAAUGACAAAGUCUUAGUUUUAAAAUACAGUUACUGUUGUGUUGGUGUUCUUGAAAUGUAUUAUUAGAGAUAUGGCGUAUAUAUAUGCGCUUAGAAAUUUUGGCUUGUAAUACUUUUUUGACAACGUUCUGCACAUGUGCAGUGGUGGCACAUCAGUACAGGAAAAGUCAGAUUUUCCCACCUAUAAUACACUAAAAACUUGUAGGAGUUGUGUGCAACUGUGCUUCAGUCCUAACAACACAUUAUUCUUGCACCAUGUACUUAUACAUUACAGUUUACUCCUUACAGUAAUAUUUACAUUACUGCAUAUCAGUUUGGGGGUGAACUUAAAACUUUAUAAAACCGAAACACAAAACAGCAUUGCAUUCUGUGAGUUGUAGGACAUUAGCGAAUAGACUGACUCAGUCGUCAUAAUGACCAUACAUAUGAAUAUUUUUAUAUUUAUGGUAUGUCCCUGUUUCUGGCAUAAAUAUUUAAACAAUAAGAGCCUAGACCAACUGACCCUAAACACAACAUGGUAUAAACCCAAGCUCUUUGUAAAAGACACAACAGGGUGCUUAUUACAUGCUCUGAUCAUCUUUUGCUCCCAUAUGUGGCCUUGCAAACAUGUAACGUAUAACUCCACCUGCUCAGACCUCAGGUUCACAGACUUUUAUGAGACCCAGCAAAAGUGGUAGCCUCAUGAGGAGGUUAAUGGUGAUGGUGAAAGGACUGAACAUCACACACAGUGUUGUCAAUACACAUUAUAACACCUUUUUUUUCUAAGAAAGUUAAUUGACAUAGCUGAUAGAAUAUCUCAUGACUCAUUUCCAGCAAUCAACAUUUAUAAAAACUUCAUCACACAUGGCUGUAAUAUUCUUGUAUCAUGAACUUGUAGUGAGCAUUAAAAUUUCAAAAUAAAUUAGAUCUAAUGACUGCGGGGGG